UACAACUUUUACUUAAUUCUGAGGUUAACUUGACAAUUAAUUUCUUGUUGGGGGUUCUUCAAUCUUUAUUGAACUUCAAUAUCUAUCUAAUUCUGGAACAAAGAGAAAGAUAAAAAUCCCAAAAUAGCCCACCUCUUAUUUCUUCAUCUCUGUCCUCUUCCAUGGCAGCAAACCCACGUGUCUCCACCACUAAAUGCAUUGGAACUUCGUAUUUCUAACAUUAUUUUUCAACAACCCACAUCAGAUUUCAUCUUUGUUUUCUACCCUUUUCGUUUGAUUCCUCAAUUUCUCUAGAAAAAGUUUCAAUCUUGAUUUCACAGGGGAAGACAGAGCUUAACAUUUGUCUGUUUUUGAUCUUUAAGGGUUGAAUCUUGACUUUUAGUUGUUAAAGAUUCUGUUUUCAACACAAUUUAUGUAAGCUUCACUGUUCAAAGUUCACAUUUCACAUUUAACACACUCUUGUUCUUCAAGAAAAAAAAAACAGAGUAUUUCAAUGGCUUCUUCAAGCUUUUAUCUGCUGUUCUUGACUCUUUCAUGGAGUUUCUUCUUUACAAAUGCAAUUCAACCUUCGCAAAAACAAGUUUUGCUUCAGUUAAGAAAACAACUCGAGUACCCAAAGCAAUUAGACUUUUGGGCCAACACAAGUGAUGAUUUAUGCUACUUGUCAUCACCACAAGUCAACAUCACUUGUGAAAACAAUUAUGUUACAGAGCUCAAAAUCUUGGGGGGGCUUUCUCCUGAUCAACAACUGAAAAAGGUGAGUUCAAGCUUCAAUGGGUUUCCAAUUCCUUCACAAACCCUUUCUCAAAACUCCUCAAUUGACUCUUUGAUUGCCACUUUAUCAAGAUUAACAAGCUUGAAGACUCUUAGUUUGGUUUCUUUAGGAAUCUGGGGUCAAGUUCCUGAAAAAUUUCAAAGGCUAUACACACUUAAGUAUAUUGAUAUGAGUUACAAUUACUUGUAUGGCCCAAUUCCUCAAACUUUUACAAGAUUAGCAAGUCUUGAAAGUGUGAAUCUUGAUGGGAAUUUCUUUAAUAGUAGUUUCCUUGAUGGGGUUGACUUGUUAUCAAAUUUGACCAGUUUGAGCCUAAAAGAAAAUGGGGUUACAGGUCAAUUACCAGAUCUUCCCAAUUUGCCAAACAGUUUGACCUUUCUGUAUCUCAGCAAGAACUCAUUCUCUGGUCAAAUUCCAGUGAAAUAUGGUCAACUCAAUCACCUUCAAGAACUUGAUCUUUCAUUCAACUCCCUUUCUGGUGUCCCACCACCUUCACUCUUCUCAUUGCCAUACCUUACCUACCUGAACCUUACAUCAAACAAGUUGACGGGUCAACUACCGAGUCGCUUACAAUGUGGAAACAAACUCGCCGUUGUCGAUAUUUCACUCAAUCGGUUUACGGGGGGUUUACCUUCUUGUUUAAGCAAUGAGUUGAACAAUAGGAAUGUUAAAUUUGAUGGAAAUUGCUUAAUGGUUGAUGUGGAGCAUCAAAAACCGUCAAGUUAUUGCGUAGAGGAAGCUCGUGGAGUCGAAGUAGAUCCAAAAACCAUCAAAGAUUCAGGAAAAGGAAUGAGUCCAGUAAUACUUGUGGGAGUGAUUUUAGGAAGUAUUUUAGUUCUAGCGCUUUUGGUAUUCGGGUCUGUGGUUAUUUGUAGAAGAAUUAGUGUCCGAGGCUUAUCAGAACCGAAAUUACUGCCAAAACAGGUGCAGGAUUACUCUGUUACGGGCUAUCCGUCUGAGCUCUUAACCAGCGCCAGGUUUGUUUCUGAGGCUGCAAAGUUGGGUACAGGAGGAAUGCCGGUGCACAGAUUGUUUUCUUUUGAUGAGUUAAAGGAAGCUACUAGAGACUUUCAUAGAUCUACCUUAAUCGGGGAAGGUUCAACCGGAAAGAUCUACAAAGGAAAGCUAGAAAAUGGAACAGACAUUGCGAUAAGGCAUUUAACCGUGUCCAAAAAGUACACAAUUAGAAACCUUAAGUUACGGUUGGAUUUGCUUGCACGCCUUCGACACCCUCAUCUGGUUUGCCUAUUGGGACACUGCAUUAGUAACGAAAGUGAUUCAAACAAGGUAUACCUUGUGUAUGAGUAUGUGGAUAAUGGGAAUUACCGUUCUUUUCUUGCUGGCAAUGACCCUGAAAAGGUUCUUAAAUGGGAAGAUAGAUUGAGAGUUUUGUCGGGUGUCGCAAAGGCUGUGCAUUUUCUCCACACUGGACUCAUUCCCGGUUUCUUCAACAACCGAUUAAAAGCAAAUAAUAUUUUGUUAAACGAAAAUGGGAUGGCGAAGCUGAGUGACUAUGGGCUUUCUAUUAUAGCAGAAGAUAUUAAACAAGAAGAUGCGAACGGGGAAGGUGUUGAAUCAUGGCAAAUGAAGAACUUAGAGGACGAUGUCUACAACUUUGGUUUCAUUUUACUCGAAUCACUUGUUGGGCCUUCUGCUGCAUCUAGAAAAGACGAGUUUCUGAUGAAUGAGAUGGCAUCAUUUGAAACCGAAGGAGAAAGAAAGAAAGUAGUGGACCCCAUUGUACUUGCUUCAUCUUCACCUGAAUCAUUGUCGGUUAUAAUCUCCAUAACCAAGAAAUGUUUUGUCAGUGAUUCGUGGGCCCGACCGUCUUUCGAAGACGUGCUUUGGCACCUUCAAUAUGCUGCUCAAGUUCAGGCUAACGCGCAACGCCCUGCUGAAGCAGUUCUACUCAUGAAGUGUUGAUGUUGAGGUAAUUGUAUAUUAGAUGAUAUCGUCAACAGUGUUGCCAUGAUGAUGAAUAAGCAGAUAAUAAAUGUCAUCGGUUAUGUUUAUAAUAUAGCAUAGAUAUGUACAUCUAUUAUGCCAACAACAACCUUUUAUAUAUUUGCAAUAAAGUGUUAAAAAUAAACUCCAGUUCUAGUUUU